UUGAGUGUCAGACUCGUCGAGGGGUGAUAAAGGCUCGGUUCGCUAUUUCUCUUUCAUUCGCCGCAACUUUUAGCGUUGGUAACAUGCAAUUCUCCGCUUACUUAGUAAUUUUUGCCUCUUUGGCAGUCAGUGAUGUCCAAAGCAAACUAAUCCCGCCAAGUUGUACGGUUCAAAGCGUAUGUGGAUUACUAGAAAAUGUCGAACGUGAACAAAAGCAUUUGACAAAGAAGGUCAAAGAACAUAGCAAACAACUUAGUGGUAAAAGUUGUCCAGGAGAUGGCCAGGAUUUCUCAGUAGUUUCUGUAACACACUGCACAAGCAUGGUGAAGUCAUUACCACACAGUUACUACAAAAUCGAUGUUGACCCAUCCAGAGAUAAAGGCCCCUUGUGUCGCGUUCUGGCCCAACCUACAGAUACCUCACUGCCGUACAUUGUGUCAGCUGAGCUGAUGAACCAGGCAGGAUGGAAUGGAUUAAACAGCGGUCAUCUUGGAUUGCUGUUUAAUGCUAAGGAUGAAAACAACUUUGAUUUUAUCUACUUUAGACCCCACCACCCUCCUGGUUGUUAUCAGACGGGAUACUUGACAAAUGGAAAGGCAUCUUAUGUUCAGAGUGCGUCUUGUCCUAAUGGACCACCAAAAGGUGGUGUCUGGUUCCCAGUCUCUUUGUUUGUCCACGGUCAAUACGUGCAAGUGUUUCUAAAUGGAAGCCUGGUAGCGACUGUUAGGUCCCAUUUUCCACCCAGGGCCUCUGGAGGAGUGUUCGGUCAUAACGGGUAUAUAAACAAGAUUCUUUUCAGAAAGUUCCAAAUUGCCCCUCAAAAUCGUUUCAGUAAGAGGUGCGCCGAUGUGGUGGAAUUCCCAGACUUCGUCAAACUUGAUGCGGGUCUUGGAACAUGGCCUAAUGAUGGUUUUUGCCAGAUUGCCUUUCUGAAAGACGCUGGACAGAGCACAAAUUAUCAAUUGACAGUAAAGCUAUACAACUUCAUGGGACGGGACCAACAAAAUUUUGGUCACCCAGGAGUAUUAUUCAAUACAGAAGAUCAGGACAACUAUGAUUUCGUCUAUUUCAGGCCUCACUCAACCAGCGGAUGUUUUCAGACAGGUUACGUUUACAAAGGCAAGCCCAAAUUUGACCAAUCUAAGAGCGGCACGUGCCCCUCUGGUCCCCCAAAGGGUGCAGAAUGGUUUAUUGUCAAGGUGACAGUGUCAACAGCCACCCCAGCUGGGGAAGCAAAAGUUUACCUGAACGGCAACUUGGUGGUGUCGUGGAAUCCGCGCUAUCCAAUAAAAAACCGUGGAGGUGUUCUUGUGGCUAACGGCUACAAGAAUGUGGUUUACUACAAGGAUUUCCAAAUCUAUUGAUGACUUUCCUGAUACCCUUACUCACUGCUGCGUGAAAAUUAUGCUGAAUUUUAUUUUUGCAGCAUGCGUUUGAGUGUUUGUGUGUUUAAGGAGACUAUGAAGUAUUUUCGCGGAUCGAUACGACUCAAACUUUUGCCAAAAACUAAUUGUUACGUUUCACUGCUCAAGAAUCAGAACAUUAACACAAAGGGGGCGUCAUAUUUUCAACUCUUAUUUUUCUUGUUGAGAGUAGGCAUGCUCUCCCUGUAAAAUGAAUCUCGCAAAGAAUUCGUAGAUAUUUAGUUUUUAAAUCUUAAAUAAAGAAUCAAGGUGCUUACAAAGGA